AUGGGAGUGUCGGAUUUAGACAGACAAAUCGAACAGCUGAGAAGGUGUGAAUACAUCAAAGAGGCUGAAGUCAAGGCCUUGUGCUCCAAAGCACGUGAGAUCCUGGUGGAGGAAUGUAACGUGCAGAGGGUUGAUGCCCCCGUCACGAUCUGCGGAGACAUUCAUGGGCAGUUCUACGACUUAGUGGAGCUCUUUAAGGUAGGUGGUGAUUGUCCAGACACCAACUACCUCUUCAUGGGUGACUUCGUCGACCGAGGCUUUUACAGCGUAGAGACCUUUCUGCUGCUGUUGGCCCUCAAGGUCCGCUACCCGGAUCGAAUAACCCUCAUUCGCGGGAACCACGAGAGCCGACAGAUCACGCAGGUCUAUGGCUUCUACGAUGAAUGUUUGAGAAAAUAUGGCAGCGUUAAUGUGUGGCGAUAUUGCACAGAGGUCUUUGACUACCUUGCCUUGGCUGCACUGAUAGAGGAUCGCAUUUUCUGCGUUCAUGGCGGGCUUUCACCUGCCAUUAAUACCCUUGACGAUGUCCGGAGCAUCGAUAGAAAGCAAGAGGUGCCACACGAAGGCGCGAUGUGCGACCUGAUGUGGUCCGACCCCGAGGACCUCGAAGGUUGGGGUCUUUCUCCCAGGGGUGCCGGCUACCUCUUCGGUGGCGACGUGGUCAAGGGGUUCAACCACACCAACGGCAUUGACCUCAUAGGGCGGGCGCAUCAGCUGGUGAUGGACGGCUACAAAUGGAUGUUUAACGAGGUCCUCACCCAGCUUCGCAGAUGGGCAAAGCUGUGGAAAAGGGCCUCAAAGGAAGGCUUGGCGGAUUUCUUCAGCGACUGGUUUGGGGCGCUGCGUUUGCACCACCGAAGUGAGGAGGAGUUGGUGUCCGUGAAGCCGCUCUCCUCGGUGCAGGCCGCGGAGGCGACCGUGCUGGGGAAGGCCUUGAGCCGGGCCGGCGAGGCACGGAAGGCCAAGUUUCAGGUGGUCCAAGACCCCAGCGGCGGCCGGCCAGGACCUCCGCGCGGCGGCGAGCCGCCGGUGAGCCGGACGCAGUUGGGGAGGCCCAGGCUGCAAGGCAUGGGCUGGGGAGGCCCUCCCAUCAAGCGACCCAAGAGAAAGGCUCCGCUCGUCGUGGGUGCCGCGUACUUCCAGGGGCUGGAAGUGCCAGAGGAGGACCACGAGAGCUUGCAGGAGAUGAUUGACUCUCACUACAACCACCAGGAUCCCGCACGGCCGGUUCUCGGUGUUGGACAGGAGUUCACGCGACGAAAAGGCCGCUGGGCCACGCUGGGGUCACUGUUGAUCUUUGUCUCCUACAUCGUGCUGGCGGCGACCUCGGGUCAGAGCCUCGCCGGUUUGGAGACCUUCUUCCCCGGACAGACGGACUUGGCUCUGACGAACGUGCAGAGUGAAGGCUCCGGCUGCGAGGAGCGGAUUUCCUACCAGUUCACCCACAGUUCUUUCACACACAUGCUGGGCAAUGUUCUACUCCUUGUGAUGUGUGGAAUCAACUUGGAGGGCUUCCAUGGCACCUUUCGGGUCCUUUGGAUGUUCGAGGUGGGUGUGCUGGGUGGAGCCGGUUGCGUGUGUGUCUUCGACAGCCAUGCUCGGGUGGUGGGCAUGUCCGGCGGGGCCUAUGCCUUGUUGGGGAUGCAGCUGGGCGAUGUGAUCUUGAACUGGGAGCGGAAAUCGGCGCCCUACAGGCGGCCAAAACCGAUCUUGGACGAGAUCGGACCUGGACUGAUCCUUUUUCCACCGCCCUACACGGUGGAUGUGGAUCGGACCCGGAUUGACGCUCGAUAUGUGAUUGUCAUGCUUAUCUUCAUCAUCCUUUUGACCUUGAUGGAGGUGUUGCUUUACCUCCUGAAUCCCAGGGCUGAGAUCAGCUACUCUGCUCACAUGGGAGGCGCUGUGGCUGGGCUUCUCUUGGUGAAGUCCUUUGGGCGGAACCUCACGCUCCGAACCCAUGAGCUGGAGAUGCAGGUGAUUCGGAUGGCGAAGGCCUUGCUGGCUUGUUUGGUGAUUUUCUGCUUCUGCUGGGCUUUGAUCAACUGGCCACCCCAGAAUCUCCUGGAGCAGGUACCCUACUGCUGGGUGAGAGAGGUCCGUUGCCCGGACGCGGCCUGCAUCGCCCGCUGGUCCUUUCCGCGGCAGAACGACACGGCGCGGGUGAAUCCCAGGUCCUGUCCAAGCUGGGCGGCCACGGAUGGAGCUUUCGCCAUGUUGGCGCUUCAUUUUCUGCCUUCGGCCGGCAAAAUCUCUUUCGGGGAAGAGGGUGGCAAGAGGACUGCCCAGAGGCCCUCCCGUAGGAUGACCUACCAAUCAAAGAUGAUCUUCUGCAGGACGCCGGUGGUGAACCUGGACCUGGCCAUCCAGCUCUCAAUCCCGACAUUGUUGGAGGCUUUGAUGAAGAGCUAUGAGGCGGAGAGCUUGGCCGCUUCGGAGGCUUCAGGUGCUGGACCGGCAGAGCGCCCCACGGAGCCCAGCGAGGACAGCAAGGGUGAGAAGCAGGAGGCCAAGGAGGAUCUAGAGGCUCCGGUUCCAGACAGGGAUUCUGAACUGGAGGUGAACACCUCCGAGCCGGAAGGGACCUGCGAGGCCGCUGGAGUGGUUUGGGAACCCUUCAACGGAGCGAAGCUGGAGCAGCCCGCCCUGCCGAUCCUGACCAGUGGCAGCUUCGCCAAGAAGAAGGGCAACAAGAUGCUCGAAGACUCGAAAGGUGAUUUCUAUGCACGUUUGCAACAGCUGAGUGAUGCCUCGGCCGCUGUUCACGAGUUUCAAAAGGCGUCCUUGGAGGCGCAGCAGACCUUGAGUUGUGCACAAGGGGCCUUGAGCAGUCAGCUGCAGAAGUCAGCCUCUUCCAUCCACGACCGUAUUCACAACCUCGCGUCCAAUGUGAAGUUCCAGAACGCGGGCCUCUCCCGCCACUGUGCGGAGCAUAGCAGGAGGCUGGACAGUAUUUGCGAUGGGAUUUCAUCUUUGCAGGACGGCUUAACUGGGGAACUGGAGGAGAUCCCUCUGGUGGGUGACGGCGCUGGCUUGAGCAGCGAGCUAAGCAGUGAUCCUGGCAGAGGUGCUGCAGGGGUGGAUGCCAGAGAAAGGCAGUACACGGAGCUGUGGCGAGCUGUGAUCCGACCUCCUCGUGAUCAGUAUGAGAUCAAGGAAGGGGGAUUUGGGCCCGGCCGUCUUCAGCAUCGAGUCUACUUCUCAGAGAAGACCAUUUGGGCAGAAUGGGAUCUGAACCGGACCUAUCAACGCACAGACUUGUCGUUGAAGAAUCCCCGGGGCCUCACGCUGGUGCCACGAGCUCAGAGCGGAAGCUGUCCUGGGACCCAGGCGGUGAGCACUUUGCCGGUGCUGCUGCCGUUCAACAUCACUGUCUUCUGCCUCGACUUUGCCGGCUCCGGGCUCUCUGACGGAGAGUACCUGAGCCUGGGCUACUACGAGCGGGACGACCUGGCGGUGGUGGUGGACCACCUCCGGGAGUCCUAUGGCGUCACCUGCAUCGGCCUCUGGGGCCGUUCCAUGGGCGCGUCCACGGCGCUGCUGCACGCCGACCGUGAUCCAUCCAUCGCAGGGCUGGUCUUAGACAGCCCCUUUUCCGACUUGAAGGUGCUGUGCGAAGAGCUGGUCGAUGGCUACACGAACUCUCGAGUGCCACGCUGGGUCACCGGCAUCGCUCUCCAGAUGGUUCGCAGCUCCAUCUCGACCCAUGCCGACUUCGACAUCUAUGACUUGGCUCCCGUGCAGCACGUUUCCAAGUCCUUCAUCCCGGCGCUCUUCGCCGCCGCGUACAACGAUCACUUCAUUCCACCGCAUCAUGCCAAAGAGCUGCAUGCGGCCUAUGCAGGAGACAAGAACUUCAUCAUGGUGGAGGGGGACCACAACUCUUCCAGAUCCAAGUUCUUCUUGGACUCGGUCUCCAUCUUCUUCUUCAAUACCUUGCAGGCCGGGCCGGUUUGGCCAUGGCAAACGCACGUUCUCGCGGGUUGGAUCGCGUUCUUCUUUUUGCAGAACUGUCUGUUUGUAAGAGGAACAUAG